UUUACCCGUACCCAAGAAAGGCGGUAGUUCUGCAGCAAGUUUUUCUGUUGUUGGUUCCGUAAUUUUCUUUUUAUAUUUUAACUAGUUUUUAUCUGAAGGAAACAUGGAUGGUUAUAUUAAUCUACGACUGAACGAAAACGCAGAAAUAUACAGAAAUUCUCUCGAAAGGAUUGUUGAAAAAUACUCAAACGUGGACGGAUCGGGGGUGGAGGUGUGUUUGCAGUCCAUGACCUGCCAGACAGCUGUAGGUAUUGUUCCCUGGGAUUCAGUACAUACAGAAAAAAGAUUAAAGUUGUUAAAGGUGGAUCAGUCAUGGAUGUCGGCUCAGGAGAGAGGUAAAGGCAGCACUGGCAAUGCCCAGAUGGAGGUCUCCAGACGAUGUGACGAGCUGCUGGUUUCAAUGGACACCUCUGUGGGGACAUGCGCUGAGAGCGUUCUCUGGGAUUCCAGAGUGAAUAGCUCACAGCUCCUCUCCAGCUCCAUGAGCGAUUCAUGCUGCAGCCAGCAGGGGGCGCCGACCCAACCGGAGGAGCACGAUGAGGAGCUGGAGCGCACACUGAGCAGUCAGGGCAGCACCCUGCUGGACCUGUAUCCGGGCAUGCUCAGCCAGAUGGGGGAGGCCUGUCGGCGGCAGCAGGUGGCGGAGGCGGGCGACGCCGUGCUGAGGCGGUACAGACGUGGCUGGUUCGCCAGGGCCCAUAAACCUGCUCUCGCCAACAGAAGCGGGAGAGGGCACCACAGUGCCUAUGUGAUGGAUAACAGCGCCCCCUCUUGCCAGCAGAACGUCCCUCCCUCUCUCCUGCAUGUUAGCCAAAGGCUAAGUUCCUUCUCCCCCCACCGUCAUGUCGUUAAAAUAUCUGUCUCCAGUCCCCCAUCACCAGAGCAGGCCGCCUUUGGCGUCCAAGUCAACUCCUGCGGUAGCAGGAAAAGAGGACAGACACCCCCCCAGCGAAAUUCAACACCGGUGUGGGGCUCAGAUUCAGAGGGUGCCUCUGUAGCUGUGUCUCCCCCACAUCACUCUGAGGGUCUUCCACUAAAUACAGGCCUUUUGGUCACUGGAGACCCCAGGUCCAAAGCAGCCCCCAGGUCCACGCCAACUCGCGCUCCACCCUGCCUCGACGUCUGCCUCCCCACGCCUUCACGCCAAGUGCACACGAGUAGCUUGCUCUUCAACUUUCAGCUUGGCGACCGCGCCAUGCGCCAGUGGAUCGACCAGGAGUUUCAGAAGCUGUACCACAGGAUGUUAGGUGGGAAGAGACCCGUCCCGCACGUCUCUGCCACCGUGGCCACGCCGCCCAGGUGGAGCAGGCGGCCACAGCCGCCCUCGUCCUCGCUUGCAGCGCUCGCCCUCUCUCCCGCUGGGUCCUGGGCCAGGAAGCGGAUCCGCGAAAAGUCUCCCGAACCGUUGCCGGGGUCCAAGCGCUUCCGAUGGGGAGUACCAGGGGGCCACCCAGCAGACCGUCAUCACGACAGCAAUGUGGGCCUCGUCCUGCCUGGCUCUCCAGGAACGUACCCCUGCAGCCCUCGUAAAGCACACCGGCUUCGGAUCCCUGAUGUGGACGCGUCCACCAAGACCACCUUCUAUUCCGGCUUCCCAUCUCAGAGAGAUGAAUGUACCAUUCUGACAGACAUUUCAGGAAUCUCUACAGACACAAAUUCCAGCUUAUCUCCCAUCAGCUUAAAACAGAAGGCUGGCUCUCACAGUCUCUCUCGAAAGCGGCUGCUCUAUCCUAACACUUCUCCAAAGGCCUGGAUUUAACCAGCAGCGUCGGUGUCGUCAUACUGUUCCAGCAGCACCAUCCACCCAGCUUGCUCUUGUGAUGCUUUUACAUUGUCCCCAUAUACUCUUUGUUGUGACAUCUGUCAUUUACCUCGAGUGUUUUAUGUUUAUUAAAGCCGCACUGUUUGGA